AUGAAGCUCCCCAGCAGGACACCCAAGGCCCCCUCUCCAUCAGACUUCUUGGACAAACUGAUGGGACGCACGUCUGGCUACGACGCUCGCAUCAGACCCAAUUUCAAAGGCCCUCCGGUCAACGUCACCUGCAACAUCUUCAUCAACAGCUUUGGAUCCAUCACAGAAACAACUAUGGACUACCGGCUCAACGUGUUUCUACGGCAGCAGUGGAACGACCCUCGACUGGCUUAUAAGGAGUACCCAGACGACUCCUUGGAUUUGGACCCCUCAAUGUUGGACUCCAUUUGGAAACCCGACCUGUUCUUUGCGAACGAAAAGGGAGCAAACUUUCACGAGGUGACUACAGACAACAAACUGCUGCGGAUAUUCCAGAACGGAAACGUCCUCUACAGCAUCAGGCUGACACUGACGCUGUCAUGUCCCAUGGAUCUGAAGAACUUUCCCAUGGACAGCCAGAUGUGCACAAUGCAGCUGGAGAGCUUUGGCUACACUAUGAACGACCUGAUCUUUGAGUGGCUGGAUGUCGGCGCGGUGCAGGUGGCCGACGACCUGAUGCUCCCUCAAUUUGUUUUACGAGAGGAGAAAGGUCUGGGUUACUGCACCAAGCACUACAACACAGGUAAAUUCACCUGCAUCGAGGUCAAGUUCUACCUGGAGCGUCAGAUGGGUUACUACCUGAUCCAGAUGUACAUCCCGAGCCUGCUCACCGUCAUCCUGUCCUGGGUGUCGUUCUGGAUCAACAUGGAUGCUGCUCCCGCCAGAGUGGGGUUGGGGAUCACCACGGUGCUCACCAUGACGACGCAGAGCUCCGGCUCCAGGGCCUCCCUGCCGAAGGUGUCCUACGUCAAAGCCAUAGAUAUCUGGAUGGCGGUGUGCCUCCUCUUCGUGUUCGCUGCACUGCUGGAGUACGCAGCUGUUAACUUCGUCUCGCGGCAGCACAAGGAGUUCUUCAGACUGAGGAAGAAGCUGAAAGAGCAGCAGCAGCGGCAGAGAACUGUGAGUCCACAGGGAAGUGGGGACAGUAAGGUGAAAGGAAACAACACACCAGGAAACAAUCCUUCUCAUGGCAGCGUCAGCCAGCGGUGCAGCGCCUGUGCACGGGAGGAGGAGCUAGCGCAGCAGGGCUUCCUCUUCCAAAGCAUCGGGCUCGCGCUGUCAGCGGGAAGCGCACCGGAAAUGGACGCAACGCCAGUCUUUGCCGACUUACCUCCCGGUCUGGGCUUUUACGAAAUACGGCGGCGCUUCGUGGAGCGAGCGAAAAGGAUCGACACCAUCUCCCGAGCUGUUUUCCCCAUGAGCUUCCUCAUGUUUAACGUCCUCUACUGGCUCACUUACAAAGUUCUACGACACGAGGACGUUCAGGUCUCAGUCUGA